GCAACAGAGCAUCAGAGUCUAGUUUUAGCCAUUUUUUUGUCUUUAUUUCUCCUCGACUAGAGUUGGGUCCGUCCUUUCGCAAGUCGCAACACAUUCACUGUUUCACCUCUCUUCUUUCUCUUCCUCCAUCUACCCAUUAACUAGAGAAAUCAUUAUUCUACUCACCAAACAGCAUUCUUAUCUCCCUCCCUCUCUUUCUCUUCUCUGCAUAAAAGCAAAGAGGAGAUAAAAGUGGGGAAAGAAAGAAAGGAAACUCUGCCAUGAAUGCACAUUUGCUUCCUUUACACCCAUCUCUUCCUUUACAGCGCUACUGAAAGAAGAAAGAAAAUCAUAUCGAAUCCUUCGCCAUGAAUGCUCUAUUGCUUGCAGUCCACAACACCUAUCCUCGUUUUCCCAAUCCUUCUCUCUAUGCUUCUAUCCAGUUUAUAUAACCGAAUCAGAAAAAAAACAACAAAAGCGCAUCCCCUGCCUCCCAAAAGAAAGCCGUUUUUGAUUUCUUUCCUUUAACUAAGAUAUCUCUCUAAAUGGUGAAGAACCCAUCUCCCCAAGACCCAGAAACCAUGUCUUACUGGGAAGCCUUGAAGAAGAUCAAGCGUCUGAAACCUCAAGAACACUCUUUGGGAAUUCUUGGGUUUUUUGUAGUUACUGUCUUUUGCUUUCUUUGCUGCUUCUUCUACCUGGAUUAUAAGAUUGUUUCUCGAGGGUUUCGACAUCGGGAACACUUGCAUCAAUUUUCUUGGGUGGGAUUUGUUGGCUCGGGUAGAGCUGAAAGACUGGAAUUUCUGGAAACAGGUAGUGAACAGUGUGAUUUGUUCAAUGGAGAAUGGGUUUGGGAUGAACGGUAUCCACUGUAUCAGUCCAAAGAUUGCAGAUUUCUUGAUGAAGGAUUUCGAUGUUCUGAAAAUGGAAGGCCUGAUUCUUUCUACACUAAAUGGCGAUGGCAACCCAAAGAUUGCAAUUUGCCCAGAUUUGAUGCAAAGAAGAUGCUGGAGAAGCUUCAGAACCGGCGGCUGGUAUUUGUUGGUGAUUCAAUUGGAAGAAACCAAUGGGAAUCCUUGCUCUGUAUGCUCUCAUCAGUAAUUCCUAACGAGGAUUCAAUCUAUGAAGUGAAUGGAAAUCCAAUCACAAAGCAUAAAGGGUUCUUAGUGUUCAAGUUCAGCGACUACAAUUGUACUGUGGAGUAUUACAGAGCCCCAUUUCUAGUGCUGCAGAGCAGACCACCACCAGGAGUUCCAGGAAAGGUAAAGACAACCUUAAAGUUGGAUGAAAUGGAUUGGAACUCGGUACGAUGGAGAGAUGCAGAUGUUCUCGUCUUCAAUACUGGGCAUUGGUGGAACUUUGAGAAGACCAUUAGAGGGGGUUGUUAUUUUCAAGAAGGGAAGAACGUAAAGUUUGAUAUGAGUGUAGAAAGUGCAUAUCAGAGGUCAAUCGAGACCUUGGUUGAUUGGAUUGGUAGGGAAGUGAAUACGAGCAAGACUCGGAUCUUUUUUCGCACCUUUGCCCCUGUGCAUUUCAGUGGUGGUGAUUGGAGGACUGGAGGGAGUUGUCACUUGGAGACACUUCCUGAAUUGGGCUCAUCACGGGUGUCAUCCCAAUCGUGGUGGUCUCAGUUCAGCAUAGCCAGUGACGUACUAAACACACACUCAAAUAAGUCACAGAUGUUGGGUUUAGAUGUGUUGAAUGUAACUCAUAUGACUUCACAAAGGAAAGAUGGUCAUUCAUCCUUGUACUAUCUGGGGCCUAAGAACGGCCCUGCUCCCAUACACAGGCAGGAUUGUAGUCAUUGGUGCCUACCUGGGGUCCCUGAUGCAUGGAAUGAGCUGCUGUAUGCACUCUUCCUGAAAUGGGAAGUUGCUCACACUGACAACUCCGCAGUAUCUCAGUCACAUGAUAUGUGAAGAAGCUCUCUCAAGUCUCAAUCACACAUAGGUGGCAGGACUGCGAUAAAUCAGAAUGAUGACCAGCUUGGGUUUAUUUUUGAAGCGUUCAGAGAAUUGAACAUUGUUGUGAUAUAUUUUGAUGAGGUCUUGACAAAGGUUCAAGUCCUUUAAUUUUUGUCAGAAUAGUUAGAUAUCAAGCUGCUGAAUCACACCAAUUUUCUGAAACCUGUUGGUGGUGGUUGAUGCUUCAUACAUACAGAAAAGCCCAUUUUCUGGGGCAGGUACACUCGCACCAUUUUUGUGCCAUAUUGGUAAUAUGAUAGAUAGAGAAUAGUAAAGGUAUGUCAUUGCAACCCGGUCCCCUUGCAUACUCUCAAAGAAAUAAUGUAAUUAAUCAAUAGUCUACUGUUGUCUAUUGUAAUUUGUACAAAGAAAGAAUGAAAUAUGUUUGCCCUUUUUUUGGUU